AUGAGCUCGAAACACCUGCAGUUGAAGCGCGAGAUCCUGCGCGCGAUCGCCAUGCUGGAGGACUACACGAGCGCGGCGACGGCGGACACGGACAUGGAGAUCGGGUCCGAACACCUUCGCGAGGCGCGAGGGAUCGCGUUCUUGACGUCGUACACCGUGGGAUUCUUCGGCGGAGGCACGUUCACGCACGGCGUGUUGAUCGCGAAGAAACCCGGGAGCGAGGCGUGGGGCGCGCCCGUGGCGCUGAGCGGGGGCGGGGCGACGGGGAUGUUCGGCGUCGGGUACAAGGAGGACGCGCAGGUGUACGUGCUGGACACGGAUGAGGCGGUGGAGACGUGCUUCAGCGAGCAGAGCGUCAAGGUUGGACUCACGGCGAGCGUGUCGCUCGGACCGCUGGGUCGGUCGAUCGAUGGAAGCGCGUUCAUCGGGAUGGAUUCAAAGUACGUCGACGGACGCGAGGCGCGAAAAGCCGUCGGCGUGCACCACUACUCGUAUUCCAAGGGCGUCUUCAUCGGCGCCGGGGUCGAGGUGACGUAUUUUAGCACGCGAGACGAUGAUACGCGAGAUUUCUACGGCCUCAACGACGCCAGCGUUCCCGAGGCGCAGUUACCGACGUCGAGAAUGAUCGUUCGCGGCGAAGUCGCCAUCGACACCAACGCCCACCCAGAGGUGGAGCAGCUGCUGAGCGCCGUGCAGUUCGCCGCCGGGGACGAGCGUCCGGGGUCCGCCAUCAACACUCGCGGCACGAGUUGGUCGACGACGAUGUGA